GCCAAGCGUCGGCUUCAGUUGAAUGCGCCGAGGAGGCGGGUCUGAGAGUUCUAUUUUAGAAUGGCAAAAAUGAAUACAGAAAACAGAGAAGCGAAGAAAGAAAAAAGAAAAAAGAUGAAGCGACGUGUGGCCCUAGAGGCACAGCUAGAAUCUGAAACUGAAAUGAAGAAAAAGAAACAAAAUUUGGAGGCAACAAAUGAAGAGGAAGAUCUUACCUCAGAGGAAAGACGGAAACUGGAAAGAAAAUUAAAAAAAGAGCGAAAGAAAGAAGAAAAAAAGCUGAUGAGAGAAGCUGGGAUCUCUACUAAAAAAGAAGAGCCCAAAAAGCUGUCAGGAUCUGAGCUUGCUCUGGCCUAUUUAACUAGCUGGUCUGAAAAACCAGAAGAAUGGAAAUUUCAAAAGACAAGACAGACCUGGCUUCUUUUGCACAUGUAUGACAAAGAGAAGGUUCCAGACAAAUAUUUCACCAUUUUACUGGAUUAUCUGCAAGGACUUAAAGGCAGUGCACGGGAUGUAACCGUGCAGAAAGCUGAAGCUCUUAUGAAAGAAUUUGACAAUUCUGAUGCAGAAGAUGCAAGCCUGGUGGAGAAGUGUGAGCGCAUACGACAAGUUCUACAACUGCUAUCCUGAACGUACACGUGUGUCAUGAUGAUUGGCUCUGUUUCUGGUGGAGAAAAGAAUAGAAUGUCACAUACAGAUAGUGUAAAUUAAUUGUAAAGACAUAUUAUCAUAAAGAAUCUUAAUACUAAAUGUUCAGGCUUUGUAUUCAGUCUUUUUUUUCCAAUUACAAUUAUUUAUCAUGUGUUAUGGUGAUGAAAUCAAAACAGAACACCAUCUUUGGGCCAUAGGCAUGCCAUUUUGAUUAAGGGUAAUCUUAUUACAUGUCUUUCAAAAAAUAAACUGCUUUUCUUGUUAGUUUUUCUCCACAUCUCCCUGUAAUUACUGUUAAAUGAGAGGAGCUUUGCAGUUCUUAAUACGAAGACUAAAGCAACCAACCAAAAGCCUGGAGCUUCUUUAGGAAUGGCAGCUUUUGCAGUAAACAGACUGUACAGUGCUUGCUCAGCCAGCUGCAAUCUAUCACUUUCAGCUUUAGAAGCGUGUCAUUUGGGUUUGGGAAAGAUCACUUUCAGUCUGUUGAACACGAGUUGUAUAACACUGUUGCUUAUUAGUACUUUAAGUGGUGAUCUGGAGAUGCUGUCAGCUUUGUAAGUUUUCUGUUUAUAUUUUAAAGUUUUCAAAUGCGUUAUGGCAACUGUUUAGAUAUUCAGAUAAUGUACAGAUGAGAAUAGAUGAAAUCUUUGAACAUACGUAUUGAAAUCAUCUGAUUGUACCUAAACUUACUCUAUAAUGGUAAUUGCUGUGCUGCAACAUUUUGUGUAUAGCCUGACAGUAUUACAUUUUUUUUUCUCUUGUAAUUGUUCUCAAAAGAGUUCAUUUAUGUUCAUUUUCUUUGACGUGGGAUAUUUGUCUCCUAUGAAUGUGUACAGAAUGAGACUUUCAAGUAAAGACUGAGGACAUUAA